AUGGGUGCUCCCACGAGUUUCUCAUCUCGUAGACCCAAUGCUUCAAACCUCCCCAACUUUGAGCUGCCUCCUCCUCAGUUGUCGUCGCUGCACCAGAAGUAUCACCCCUAUGCUACCUCCUCCCAGCCGACUCCCUCCAUCCCCUCGAGCUUGACCAGUGUCGGCAACCUGUUGACCCCUCCGAGCGGCAUCUCGAGCGACGGUCUCAGCCCUAAUUCUUCAAACAUGCCGACCGGCAGCUCCCAAGCCAACCAGACGGUACCGCCCUUCACCCCCACCGGUUACAUGUGGCCCCCUUCGCAUACCGGCACCACUCCCUACGGCUUCCAGUCCCACAAUAGCCCCAAUCAGCGUGGACUGUUCUCUCCCUCUCUCAACUCGAUCGUCAAGGGCAACAACUCGCCUCAUGCAUCUGAGCACCUCCCUCCCCCAAACUUCCCCGAGAACCCUUUCCCGACCUCCAUGUCCAUGUCGGCGCCUGUCAACUUGCCUGCUCUGCCAUCCCAAUCAUCCAGCAUUGGCUCAGCGAUGAUGGGCGGCCACACACCUGUGACCCAGCCUUCACCAGUGAACCACCACGAUUCAUACGCAAGACCUCCUCCUACGCCGACCUACUUCAACGGGUCUCAGCACAGUCACAACGGUCAAUCAGCAUAUGGCUAUUCUUCUGGCCCUUCGCCUGUUCAACAGAGCCCCAUGAGCGCGGGUGGUCAGAUCCCUCGUAUGUCCCCCGCAAAUGGACAUGGAUCUAUCCCACCUCUCCAACCACAAAACGCUCAGUCACCAUACACGCACCAGCGUCCGUCAUACCAAUAUCCCCUGCCAGGCCCGGUGUUGUCCAACGUCGGAAACCCGAAUAGCCAACUCGCUUUAGUCGGUGGUAUGCCGCCUUCGAUGAUGCCAGCAUAUAACAGUGGACACGCAGCGCAUAUGCAACACAUGUACGGCCAUCAUCCUCAGGCUCAGCCAAACCCUCAAAACGACAGGCCUUUCAAGUGCGAUCAGUGUCCACAGAGCUUCAACCGCAACCACGAUUUGAAGAGACACAAGCGUAUUCAUCUAGCAGUAAAGCCGUUCCCCUGUGGACACUGCGACAAGAGCUUCUCCAGAAAGGAUGCUUUAAAGAGACACAUCCUCGUAAAAGGUUGCGGCAAAGCGCCUACCAACUCUGCAGACAGCGACAGAAAAGACGGUUCGAUCUCCCCAGCAAUGAAGAGUGAGAACUCGAGCCCGACCGUCUCCGCCUCUGCAUGA